AUGUCCCUCGUAACCCGCUGGUUCUCAAAGAGUGGAUCAGAGAACUACGAGGAAGUUCUCUCCGCACUUGCAGCUGAUGUUGCACGACGGCAGACACGUCUAGCAGAGAUCCGACUCCGUGAGCGGCGGACAACCCUUCACUUCACGCUUGGAACCCUCUCCCUAUGGGUUUCAUUUGUAUACUUGUGGUAUGCGCGUAUGCUUCCUGCGACGUGGCAUGACUCGCUGCUAGCGAAAGUGGCAGUCUUGGUGGGACCUGUAAUAAUAUUGUUUGCACGGAGAAUGAUGCAGAUAUGGUAUUCCUGGAAAGGUGGACGCGAAGAGAAAACCCUCAGGCUCGUCACUCAGAAGCAGCGCGCCAAAGUUGAAGAGAUCAAGAAAAAGACUAACUAUGACUCGACACGUAGCUUGCUCGAGAAAUACGCUGAUCCUGGCACCCCGAUACGCCGUCCGCAGCCUCCUUCACAGUCCCUCACACCACUGCCCAUGACCCCUCAGGCACACUUGCAAACACCUGUCGCCCAGCAAAGGAAUCUACCGUUACAGCUUUCGCCAACGCCACAGCCCAUCCAGCCGAUCCGUAAGCAAUGGUAUGACAAACUCGCCGACGCCAUUUUGGGCGACGAGGAAUCCUCAGUGAGCGUGGCUGCAUCGCGCUACGCACUGAUUUGCCAGAAGUGCUUUUCGCAUAAUGGGCUGGUGAAAGAGAGCGUCUGGGAAGACACCCAGUACGUAUGCCCGAAGUGUGGCUUCCUUAAUCCCUCCGCUCGGUCAAAGAAAUUGGGACUUCAGCGCACGCCAUCGCCA